AUGGACACCGUCGACGAGAUUCUUGAAGCCCUCUUUAUUGGCAUUGCAGUAGCAUCGUUUCUGCUUCAAACAUGUCAUUACACUAAAGCCAUUAAACUGUUCAGUGAAUGCUUGGUUGUUCUGCAAAAGAAUUCUUCAAAGUUAAAGAAGAACAGAUUGGACAACUUUAACGCUCUGAUCUACCGCAAUCUGUUUAAAAUUUUCUUUCUAGUUGGCGACUACGAGAAUGCCAUCCACAACGGCGAGAAGGCAUUUCCUCUAUACGAACAGAUUGGUGAUUUUGAAGGUGCAGCCGGUUUGCUCGAGAAAAUCGGUGACGUGUAUAGGCUUACUGGCGAGCAUGUUAAAGCCAAAGAAAGAUACGAGAAAGCAUUCACAUUCCACUCGAGAGUGAUGCUCCUCUCUAGCUUUUUUGACGUGUUGGCUAUCAACCGAGGAGAACAUCUAAACAAAAUGCUGGUAUUGACAACCAAAACUGGUAACAAGGAAAUGGAAGGAGCGCUUCUUACCCAACUUGGUGAUUUGUUGUUAUCUCGUUUCGAAUACGCUAAAGCUAAGGACUGUUUUCAAAGGGCGCUCGCAACCUGGAAAGAAAAAGGUAAAAGAAAGGAAGAAGGAAGAGCACUUUGCUGUCUCGGUAAACUCUACAAGAAAACCGAAGAAUACCAACAGGCAAAACAACAUUAUGAAGAAGCAAUGGCAAUCUUUGAAGAGGCCGGUGAAAUAAAAGACCUUGGAGAGGCCUGUGGCGAGCUUGGAAAAGUGUACAACAGUCUUCGUGAAUUUCAAAAGGCAAAGACAUUGCAACAGAGGGCACUCAAAGAAAGUGUGAGAAACGGGAACAAACGGGGAGAAAGCAUAGAUUACGGAAUCCUCGCUGAUGCUCAUAUUUCGCUAGGGGAAUUUCGAGAGGCAAAAGAAUGUUACCAAAAGGCACUCACUAUUAGUAAAGAACAAGGUGAUAGAAAAGGAGAAGCGUUUGUAUACAGUGAUCUAGGGUGUUUUUAUCGCGCUCAGAACGACUUGAAACAGGCUGAAAAAGUUUGCAAAAAGGCGUGCGAAAUCUACAGAGAAAUAGGUGCCAUAAAACACGAAGGAUCCGAAAAUAGCGAACUUGGUGACCUUUAUUGUCUUCUUGGCAAGUACAACGAAGCGAGAAAAUGUUAUGAACGGGCACUUGCUAUCAAAAAAGAAACUGGCGAUAGACAAGGGGAAGGGGCAGCAUAUUGUAACCUUGGUACUUUGUAUCAAUCUCUCGGUGACUAUGGUAAAGCAAAAGAAUGUCAUCAACAAGCACUUGCUAUCUCCUUAGAAACAAAUCACCUAAGAGGGCAAGGAGUAGAUUAUGGCAAUCUCGGAAUUGUUUUUCAACAUCUUGGAGAUUAUGACAAGGGAUUCGAGCACCACAAGAAAGCACUGGAGAUUAGGAUUCGAACUGGUCACAAAGAAGGAUUGCCUACAGCCCAUAGAGAUCACAAACGUCCAACGCCUCAGUUAUUAAAAACUGCCGUAUGCGGACCGUUUGACGUUAACAUGAAAUCCCUGGUGCUAAAUGCCCCUAUUGAAGAUAUGGCUGCAUAG